AUGGCGACGUCGCAAAAGCGGAAACGCAAAGAUGAAAAUGACGACGCCAACGAAGAAGAACAAUAUGAUUUAAGCGAUGAACAACUUCGCGAAAUAGUACGUAUGGUUCGAGCUAAUGAUGAUAUUGAAGUACCACCUACAGUGUUUAAUUUAGAUAGUGUUCGCGUGAAUAGACGUUUUAAUAACAAUGAAUAUAUUUAUGAGAUUAACAUAGGUGCAAAUAAUAUGACUACAUUACCCGGUUUUUUAGACAAUUUACGCCGUGUGUUUCAGUAUCUUAUUAAUUUGAUGCGUUAUAAUGCAAAUUCGAAUAAGGAUAAGGCUCGUUUCUACAUCUCUCGAGCUCCGAGAACACCGUUUUCUACAGCUAUUUUAAAUGUCGAAGAUUUUACAACUCAAAUGUUUUUGAAUAUUUUUGAACGACAUAUGCAAAGUAACGCGCAGGAAAUUAUAAAUAAUGGGUGGUCUAGUGUUGUGAGUGUUUAUAUUUUUCCUAAUGAUUAUGUGCCAACAAAUGUGAAACGAAAGAAAACUAAUCAGCGUCUGUAUAAACAUUUGGGGCAAAAUCCAAAAGAGUCUGGAAGCGGUCGAAUUAUUGCACAAAAGCAUGGGCGUGAAGUGAGAAAUGGGGUAUUUCAGGUGGUAUCUGGCACAACAAAACAUUGUUUUGCAUUGGCGUUACUCGUGGGGAAAUCUUUUUUACAAAAGGAUAAAUAUUUUGACAUAUUGGAUAAGAAUAGAAACGCUGACUUGACGAAACUGUAUACAACAGACGAAAUAAAUGAUGUUUACAUAGCAGCGGGGUUACCUGUAGGGUCUGUGCGUGUUGAUCAGUUACAUUUAUUUUAUGAAAAAUAUUUAGCUGUGGAUGCUAUUGAUUUGGUGUUUUUUUCUAAAUCCUUGGAUGACAGUAUUGUUUAUGACUCUCGGUUAGAUGAACACGAGUAUUUAUGUCGAUUAACUAAUAAGAUAGUUUUUUUGUGGUUAAACGACGGUCAUUAUGAUUUGAUUCUUUCACCGUAUACUUUUUCGCGGUGUAAUAGUUCACGGUAUUGUUUUGAGUGUAUGCAUUACUUUUUACGUGCUGAAACAAAAUCUUCGCAUGUUUGUAGAACUGUGCAUAGUUGUCAAAGGUGUUACAGUUCAAACAGUGUAUGUAAAAAGGAAGAUAAUUUUGAGAUUGUUUGUUCGGAAUGUAAUGUGUUAUUUUGGAAUCGUGAUUGUUUUCCAAGACAUUUGACAAAACGUAUUUUUAAGAAUUCUUGGGGUUCAUAUGUUUCACCGUGUAUGUAUUUUUUUUUUUUGCCCCACAUGUUAUAAAACCGUUCUGAGAAUGACUAAAAUUACAAGUAAAAAAGCAACAAAACAUCAAUGUGAUAAAUUUUUUUGUUUACAUUGUUGUAAAAUAAAAACAAAAGAGCAUGAAUGUUUUAUGAAAAUAUGUAAAAUACCUAAAAAUCCAAAAUUACCCACAUUAUAUUUUUUGAUUUUGAAACUCGUGUGGAUGAAAAUGGUUAUAUGGUUCCUUUUUAUUGUGUUAUUCAGAAAGUUUGUUCAAAAUGUGAUGAGAUUGGGUUUAUAAAAAAUAAGGAAGGGUUUACCCCACAUACAGAUAAAAUUCAUUGUGAUACGUCUGUGAAAUGUGUACCUUGUUGUGGUUAUAGACAGUAUGUGUUUGAAAAAAACAACGGAGAUAUAGUUCAGGAUUUAGUAGAUUUUAUGUUUGAACAAUAUGAAGAUAGCACGUGGAUAGCACAUAAUGGGGGUCGUUUUGAUACUGUUUUUUUUGUUAAGAGAGUUGUUG